AUGUUCGCGACCGAGAGAGACGUCGUUAUCUUCGUCGACGAUAAUAGUGCUGCUGGUGAUACUAUAAAUAAUCAGCUCUGCCGGGCGGUGAGGGAUCGCCGCGAUCGUCGCGGUAUCGAGCGUCUGGCGCGUCUCGCAGCCGAAAAUGUGAACAGGGGCAGUCGCGACGCGUCUAGGCGCACGGCCCUUCAUCACGCUGUAUCGGCCCGUUAUCGCGAGGCCGUCGAACUUUUGUUGUUCGAGUGUCGAGACGUGGAUCCGAACUCGUACGACGGCUACGGAUCGACGGCCCUUCAUCUGGCGGUGGCGAGUCAGGACACGAGACUGGUGUUGCCGUUUCUGCUGCAUCCGCGGACGAGAUUGGCCGCGACGCAGGCCCGGACGAGGCAGUCGGUACUGCAUAUGGUGGUGCGGGACAGGAACGAGGCUAUGUUGCGGUUAUUGUUGGCUUUCUGGUCGGAUUAUCCGGUGGAUUUGAGAGACGAGGCCGAGGAUACGCCGCUGCAUUUGGCUGCCGGGGUAGCCGGCGACGACCCGACAUUCGUUGAGAUACUGCUGGGACGCGGUGCCGAUUGCUCGUUGAGUAAUAUCUGGAAUCAGACACCCGUACACGUGGCCGUGGCCAGGAACAAUUUUAAAUGUCUCGAGUUACUGAUGGAGCACUCGAGUUUUGAAGCGACUGCAUCGUCGUCCAACCUCGUGACCCCUCUAAAACUCGCCGUCAAGUACAACAACGCGAGGAUCGUCGAGUACCUGCUGAGUCGACAGAGCCAACCGGAGAGCUGCUUGUUACACGAGGCCGUGACUUCGAGCAGCGACGAACUGUUGAAGAUGCUGUUGAAGUGGCCGGAAAUCGACAAGGAAGAGAAGAAUAUCGAUGGUCAGACUCCGCUUCAUUUGGCGAUCUUGACCAAGAGCCUCGAGAAGACACGACUGCUGCUCGAGCACGGGGUAAAAGCUACCGAUCCCGAGACGAUCGCGAGAGCCGUCAGAGCUCGAGCCUCGAGACGGAUGUUCGAGCUGUUGAUCGAAGCCGGUGCCGAUGUCGAUGCCAAGAACGACGAUAACGAGACGCCGCUCGAGGUGGCUGCGCGAAUGCGAUCGGCCACGACGAUCGGUAUAUUGUUAAAGUUGGGUGCCGAUCCGCUGUGUCUGGCGAACGAUCGAUCGCUGCUGCACGAGGCGAUAAGAGUCGCCGAUCAUCGAUUCUGCGACUUUCUGCUGGCUAAUUUCGACGAGGAGAUCGACGCGAAUUACGUAGAUUCGGUGGGUGACACCCCGUUGACGCUAGCCGGAAACGCGCCGAUCUCGACGAUACGUGCUCUCGUCCGGAAGUUGGCGAUCGUCGGGCCAAACGAUCGGAAUAGGAAGGCGAUCGAUGAGAAUCAAGGGCUUAAGGAGUAUUACGAGGAGUGCAGAUUGGAAUUGAAGCGAUUGAACGAAGAAGGUUUGAUAAAAGUGUUAGUGACGAGUCGUAGCUGGCGAAAGUCGACGUUUUCAAGGAUCAAUCGGAUAGAGGCUCGAGUGAAAGAUGGCAAACGACUAGAAGAGUAUCCAAUUUAUCGGGAAAAAUUAGCAACGAAUUUGGAGAGGAUGAGAGAGAGGCGAGGAUGGAUGAAGAGGACUCACGAGGCUUUGGUGGAGCUCGAGGCGUUUCACGUGCUGUUCGACGUCAUCGAGACGAUUGUCGAUAAUUUUACGAAUAAGGAGAUGAUGUACUUUUUGAAGAAUUCCGGUUGAUUAUAAUUAGCGUUUAAGUGGCUGUAAAUACUUCUAAAUCUAAGAAACCGAAUUGUACAUAUAUUACUUUAAUCCUAUGUGUGUGUAAUAAAGACAAA